UAUUCUUUCCUCAGCAGUUAUAUCCUGAAAGAGAAAAGCAUUUCAUUUCCUUCUAGUUGGCAAGAGAAAUAGCCCUUUCCAUUUUCAGUUCUCGAUUAUCUUUUUCCUACAUAGUUUUAUAUAGCUGGCCAUGGCUUUAUAUCACUUGUUCUACUUGGUUAAAAAGAAAACAGAAUCAUCCAAGUUGGAUCAGUUUUAUUGGCUAUUGCUUAUUGAUGUUAUAUUAUGUAAAGUGUUUUUCAACAUGGUUAGUAUUUGUAGCAUUCAGAAAUUUUUCUCAAGAUUUUGGUUCUCUCUCAGAUCACAACUUAGCUCAAAUGCGUGGGAAGAAGAGAACAACAAGAAUCAAGAUUCUGAGUUGUCCAACCAGCAGGGUUGUUUUGAUAACAAGAAAGAUCAUAGGAACAUCGACAGAGAAGAGGUGGAGAUGGUGAUGGGAAAUUUAGGACUUUUUUGCAGUACAGAAAGUGAGAAGCUUGAGGAUUCUAAGGGUUUUGAUGAGCUUUCGCACCUGUUUGAUGAGAAGGAGCCUAGCUUAGAGGAAGUUAAAGGAGCUUUUGAUGUUUUUGACGAGAACAAAGAUGGGUUUAUUGAUGCAGAGGAGUUGCAGAGAGUCCUUCAUGUAUUGGGAUUAAAGGAAGGACUUGAGCUUCAGAACUGCAGAAAUAUGAUCAGAGCAUUGGAUGAUAACAAAGAUGGAAGGAUUGAUUUCAAUGAAUUUGUAAAAUUCAUGGAGAAGAUCUUAUCUUGAAUCUAUAUACGUAUAUAUUGAGAUAUAUCAAAAGCAUUCGACAUUCUUUUUUA